AUGAAGGGCCUGGUUUUGAUACUAACGCUGGUCAUAAUAGCUAAUCACAUCAGUCAGAACGAUGGUAUGGCAUUCGAAGGGCAUGUCGCCCACUUGGGAAGAUGCAAGUGCUUAAAGCAGAUUUCAGGGUUUUUUGGACUCAGACAAGUGAAACGCAUUCAAGUCAUCCCCAGAGGAAUACACUGCCGAAGAACAGAGAUUAUAUUCACUCUGAUAAACGAAUGGAAAUAUUGUGUCAACCCUGACACUCCUUGGGUGAUUUCAUUGCUUAAAAAGCUGACCAAGAGGUACAGUCUUGCAUAUUUUUAUUUAUUUGUACUCUGUCUUUAUUUUUACAAAUAAGGCGGCAAAC